CGACGGACACUAGACUCAAAACAGCAGAACUGCAGCUUCAGCUGUUUAUCAGUUCAUGAGCGACGCGCGCUGAAUCACUAAUGCUGAAUCUGCUAUCGUUGAGUUAGGUUGCUGGUUGUGCCGGUAAAACGGUACCGUAAUAGGAUGUGGAAUCAGCAGGCACCUUGGCCGCUUCUUCAGCAGCAAUCAAAACAAAAUCCUGGUGAAGUUGAUUGGGCAGCUCUUGCUCAAGCUUGGAUUCAUCAGAAAGGAACAGAAGAUGAACAGAAUUUGCCGCAACAGAAUGUGGCAAAACCCCCCGAACCAUCACAAAAUGUACCUCCUGAGCAAGUACCAGUUGCUACACAACAGCAGAUGUUAUGGCAACAACAAGGGCAUUGGCAACAAAAUCGAGGAUGGGGACACGGACCUCAACAGGGAUGGAAUCAACAAGAUCAUUCAACUCAGCAGUGGAAUCAAAUGAACCAACAUCCUCAGCAGUGGCAAGGAAACUUCAACCAGCAGCAAUGGUUUGGAAAUGGUCAUCCACCACAACAUAAUGAGGAGCCUAAACCACCACUUCCUCCACCAGAAGAUGAACCCACGAAUGGUAACAACGUAGCAGAUAUAAUACCUCCGCCUCCAUUGCCUGUUGAUGGUCUUGGAAAUAUGGAUCAAAAUUUGAGAACGGAUAAUCACAAGGAAAUAAUAGAUUACAGUCAUCAACAUCCCAGUGGAGAAUUCAAUUUUAGAAAAGAUGGAAGAUUCACUAAAGAUUUUCAUCCGAAAGAUAGUUUUGUUGUUGAAGAUCAGGUGAAUAAUUUUUACCAAGAUCAUUCGAAUGCUGCACUAUGGACCGUCGGUGAUCCACAACCUCCACCAUGGAGAAGAAAUAAAGGGAAUUGGAACCAACCACACUUGCAAUGGCAAGGACAGAAUGAAAAUGAAUUCACUCCUCCAUUGAUGGAUCAGGGUUUCGGACAAGAUGGAUUUCAAAUGGAUGAUUCUAAACGUCGGAAACUUCCACCAUGGAUACGAGAGGGAUUGGAAAAAAUGGAAAGAGAAAAACAAAAGAAAUUACAGCAAGAACAAAUGUUGAAAAAAGAAAACGAAUUGGAACUAGAAACAAAAAAGAACAGAGAUCCGAAUAAGAGUAAAUUUGAAUCUGAUGAUGAAGAAUCAGAUUCUGAACUUCCUGAUGCUGACCAGGAUGUAGAAGAAGAAAAUGAACAAGAGGAAGAAGAUAUUCAGGAGGAAAAUGAACCUGAAAUGACGAAAGAAGAGAAACAACAAGAAUUGAUGUUUAAAGUUCGUAGAAUGUUGACUGAAAUUCUUCUUGAUGUUACCAACUCUGAAUCAAAAUCGAUAGCGGAAGAAGUUUACACUAAAGCUAAGAAAAAAGCUCAAGCAAACUCGAUAGUCAAAUCAAAAUCAGCUUCUUCACAAUUUGGUCUCAUUGCUGGAUACGGAUCCGGUAGUGAUGAAGAGGAAUCAGCAGAUGAAAGGGAGGAAAGUGAUGAGUCAUCCAGUGAUGAUGAUCAAACAUCGGAUAAAAUUAAACAAAAACAAAAUGAGUUUAACCUACGUCAACGUGAAGUUUUGAAAGUAUUGGAAGAAAUGGAAAAGCGGAAAACUGCUGAAGAAAAGGAAAGUGAUGAAGAAGAACAAAUAGAUGAAAAUGAAAUCACAGAACCAGAUGAAAAAAUUACUAUUAAGCAUGAACAACCUGAACCUCAAACAAUUGUCCCCAAAGUCAUUCUAAAAAAAGAAAUUUCAUCAGAUUCUUCAAAUUCGAGUUCAAGUUCAGAAAGUGACGAAAUUAUCGAAUCCAAAACUAAAUUAAAACAAAAAUCCCGAUCUCGAACGCCAAAAAAAUCAAAAAACUCACAUAAAACUAGUGAUAGAAGUUCGAGAUCACCUUCAAAAUCAAAAAAGAUUUCUCGUUCUUAUGAUAGAAGAAAAUCGAGGGAUCACAGGUCACGAUCUCCUGAUCGCAAACGAUCACUGUCUCGAGAUCGAAGACGUUCUCGUGAGCGCAAGCGAUCAAGAGACCGAAGAAGAUCCAGGUCACACGAUAGGAAGAGGUCAAGGUCACAGAGUCGUAGAUCCCAUUCUCGGAGUAGGAAAAAAAGAAAGCACCGUUCCUCUUCUCGAGAGAGGAGCGGUGACAUUGGUAAGUCUCGAAGGUCAUCGAGUAAAAAAGGAGUAAGUAAAUCAAAGGGGGGUAAAAAGUCCAAAAAGAAGAAAAAACAAGAAUCUUCAUCCAGCGAUAGUUCCAGUGGUGAUAGUGAAGAAUAUUUGAAACAUAAAAAAUCAAAAAAAUCGUCUGGUAAGAAAGAUCGGAGGAAGAGGUCUACAUCAAGAUCGUAAUCGCGACCUUUCAUCCCAGUCAUACAAGAGAGCGCCUACUGGAAUUUCUACAGAAAAAAUGGAGAUGUUUCUCUGUCAGAAAAUGUUCUUUGUUCCGUGUAGUGUUUCUUCACACUUUCAUAUUGUGCAUAUAAAUUGUAGAUAGUUCGAUGACUUAAGAACUGAUUUUUCAAAAUCUUCUCUGUUACAUCGUGCUGUAUAACAUUGUGUAGCUCCUAAUAAAGUAAAUUCAGUUGUGUUGAAUUUGAAAAGAUUGCUCCUGACUAGGGCUGGGCAUUCCGAAUCGAAUAUUCGAAUCGAAUAGUAAAUUAUUCGAAUCGGUUCAAAGCGAAAUUUCGAAUCACCGCCAUCUUGUUUUUUUCCUUUCCGCCAAUUGUCGAAGUAAAUUUCUAAUUUUUUUCAUGGAAGUCAUAUUUUUCAACGCAAUUUGACAUAUGACUCAUUUCUGUAAUGAGUAAGUAUUUUUUAUUGUGUGUGAACGCUCAGCAAUCUGUCUGAGUGAUAUAUUUUACGUUUCUAGUAAUUUAUGUGGCUGGAGGACCAAAUACAAGAAGACGGUUACAUACAAUUAUAUAUCUCCCAAGUAUUCGAGAUUCGAUUCGAAAAAAAUAUUCGAUUCUGAAAUCAUCAGGUAUUCGA